UCGGUAUCGGUAUAUAUAUUUUGAGCGACUGAGGUCGUUGCCUACCUGGAUUGGCUGGCGCCAUCGCUUUUCUCUCUUGCGGUAGGUCGUUUGGAUUAGGAUGAAAGAAAUCGUUUCAGAAUCGAGGAGAAGAUUAAUCAAAAAAAUGAAAGAAAACGGAGGGGAUCAGAGAAAUCUGGAGCCAUGGAAUCGAUUAGAGGGAAAGGUAGUGAUGGUGACGGGAGCUUCUUCGGGACUAGGACGAGAGUUUUGUUUGAAUCUCGCCAAGGCUGGCUGCAAAAUUCUCGCCGUCGCUCGGAGAAAGGAUCGUUUGAAGUCUCUCUGCGACGAAAUCAAUCAAAUGAAACCGAAUAUUUCGAAUGAUUCAGCCUCAUCAGCUUCUUCAUCUGAGGAUUCCAAAUCUAAGGCCUGCGCAGAAAUCAGAGCUGUUGCGGUAGAGCUCGAUGUAUGCGCUGCGGGGCCUGCUAUAGAUGCGUCUGUGCAGAUUGCCUGGGAUGUGUUCGGCCGGAUCGACGCCCUAAUUAACUCCGCCGGAGUCAGAGGUACUGUGAGUCCCUCCAUAGAUUUGUCUGAAGAGGAAUGGAAUAAUACUCUUAGAACCGACCUGACAGGUUCCUGGCUAGUAACCAAAUCUGUCUGUCGUCGAAUCCAUGAAAACGGUUUGAGAGGAUCAGUUAUGUUUAUUUCAUCCAUCAGUGGUAUUCAGCGAGGGGAGUUACCAGGAGGUAUUGCCUAUGGAGCCGCUAAGGCUGGUCUGAACGCUAUGACCAAGAUCAUGGCUAUAGAGUUGGGGCCACUGAAGAUCAGAGUGAACUCAAUAGCUCCUGGGUUAUUUAAGUCGGAGAUCACAGAGGGACUUAUGCAGAAAGAUUGGCUCGAUACUGUGGCUUUAAAGACUGUCCCUUUAGGACAAUUUGGUACAAUUGAUCCAGCAUUGACAUCUCUUGUUCGAUUUUUGAUCCAUGAAUCCUCCUCCUACGUUUCAGGCAAUGUGUUUAUUGUUGACUCAGGGAACACUCUACCUGGUUUCCCCAUUUUCUCCUCUCUCUAGUCCCCCCCCCCUUCUCUCUCUCUCUCUCUCUCUCUCUCUCUCUCUCUCUCUCUCUUACAGGUAUAGUUAAAUUUCAUUGACUUGAUUUCUUGAUGACUGCUUCGCACUUUAUGCAUGGAUUUUCAGUAUUAUUGAUACCCAUAAUAUACAAGAAUUUAAUUCGAUGAACA